AUGAGUUCUGAUGAAAGAGAGUUUAAUAUUUGUGAUUCAUGUUUUGGGAGGUCAUCGAAUAUAAGAAUGACUAAAAUACCAAAUGGCGCAGAGUGUAAAAUUUGCACUUUCCCAUUCGAUGUCUUCCAGUUUAAAUCAACAAAUAGAAGUGCAAAUGUCAAGAAGUCUAUUAUAUGUUUUAAGUGCUCUAAUCAAAGGAAUGUGUGUCAGUGUUGCAUGCUUGAUCUAAAAUGGCAUAUUCCGAUUAAAGUUAGAGAUAAAAUAGUCUCCAUUAUAAAUAAUGAUAAAAGUAUGCAAACGGAAGAAGCUAAAAAUGACAUGAUGAAACGAUUUUUAGCAUUGAAAGAUGUGAAAUUAGGUGCAGCAAAAAUCACAGACGAUGAUGUUAAGUUAGAGAAACUUAUGUCGCAGCUAGGAGAAUAUAUUAGAAAGGAGAAAGCAUUACAAAAUCAAAGAGCAGAUGAUGCAGAUUUGAAGCUAGAUAAUCAUGGACGUAGUAAUGCUAAAGAAUUUGAAAAUAUUAAUAUAGAACAUGUCCUGAAAAAGCUACCCUUACAAGCAUCAUUUCAAUUAAAGGAGGAUGUUAAUGAAACUGAAAGAUCUUAUUUUUUGUAUAAUAUUGAUCAAUCUCUACCGGAAUGGAAAAUAACAAAUAAAAUUUCUGAGAUACUGAAAAUAUCAGAUUGGCAAGAGAAGAAUUCGAAUUCUGUUAUAAUUAAACAUAAAUCAAGAUGCGGAGGAGUUCGAUUAAAGAAUGCGAUCUUGGCAAGCAACUUUGUAAAAUCAAUAAUUAAGGAUGACCUAAUAUUGAAGACUAAAGAGGGUCUAUUUAGAGGCAUCCUGAAGAUUGAUGGGCACCAUGUAUUUGUAAUUCCUUGGUCCAUGGGGUUUUCAAAUGGUUCGUUUGGGAACUCAUUAAAAGAGAAUAUUAAAUUAAACAUAAUUUUAGAUAAAUUAAUAAGAUUAGAAAACAAUAGAAACGAUUUGUCAACCGAAUCUACAACUUCGAGUGGAAAGGCUAGAAUUCAAAACAAAGGUAAGAUAGAGAAGAAGGACAAGAAUAAAAAAUCCAAAAGAAUUACUAAUAUUCAGUUAUAA